GCAGGCUGUGGUGUAGCAGUGAAGAUGGCUGCCGUGGGAAGAGCAUCCUCCGUUACAGCGCUGCCUGGAAAUCAGUCCACGGUAGACAAUCAAAGUGCCGAAGACGAUGAUGGUCAGAAUUUAUGGUCCUCCAUUCUGAGUGAAGUAACAACACGGUCUCGAUCAAAAUUGCCAGCUGGUAAAAAUGUGCUUGUCUUGGGUGAAACCAGAGCUGGUAAAACAACUUUGGUUGCCAGGCUCCAAGGCGUGGACGACUACAUGAAAGGCAGAGGAUUAGAAUAUAUGUACUUUAAUGUUCUUGAUGAUGACAUUGAUGACCAUACCAGAUGUAGCGCUUGGGUAUUGGAUGGGGACCUGUACCACAAAGGUCUUCAGAAAUUCGCUGUAUCUCAGGACAACCUUGCCAACACCAUGAUCCUGCUGGUGGUGGACAUGUCCAGGCCCUGGCUGGCGGUAGACUCCUUACAGAAGUGGGCGAGCGUGGUGAGGGAGCACAUCGACAAGCUCAGGGUCGUCCCGGAGACCAUGAGGGACAUGGAACAGAGGCUGAUGAGACAGUACCAGGAGUACACAGAACCAGGCAGUGACUUAACCGCGUCUCCCCAGAGAAGAAACACGUCCGUGAGUGAAACAGAUGACGACAAUGUCCUACUCCCUCUUGGGGACAACACACUCACACACAACCUUGGGGUCCCUAUGAUGGUAGUAUGCACUAAGUGUGAUGCCAUUAGCAGUUUGGAGAAAGAGCACGAUUACAGAGAUGAGCAUUUUGAUUUCAUCCAGUCACAUAUCCGGCGUUUCUGCUUGGAGUAUGGGGCGGCACUGCUGUACACUUCAAUGAAGGAGAACAAAAAUCUAGAUUUGUUAUAUAAAUACCUCGUCCAUAGACUAUACGGGUUUCCUUUUGAUAUCCCUGCACAAGUGGUAGAGAAAGACUCUGUAUUUAUCCCCUCAGGUUGGGACAAUGAAAAGAAGAUAGCCAUCCUGCAUGAGAAUUUCCAGUCUCUGAAAAUGAACGACAACUUUGAAGAUGUUAUUGUUAACCCUCCAUUGGGAAAGUUUGUACAUGAAAAGGAACUUGGAGCUGAAGAUGACCAGGUGUUUCUAGUGAAACUGCAGUCACUUCUGGCAAAAAAUCCUCCAGCUGCUGCUGGAAGACCAGUGGACUCCACCAGUAGGGGGCCGAGUGGCUCUCCGAGAACAUCAAACCGCUCCGCCACGGCCAACGUAGCCAGCGUCAUGCCCAUGCAAUCAGGUGGCCAGACCAGCGAGGGUGUCCUGGCCAACUUCUUUAACAGCUUGCUGAGUAAAAAGGGUGGCAGUCCAGGACAAGGUGGGAAUGGAAACAGUACCCCAGGGACAGUCAAGAAGUCAGGUUCCAAGUCGGGCUUAUCAGAUGUCCAGGCAGAUCUGGAUUGCACAUCUAGCCAAUCAGAUAUGGAAACCACCACAAUGCACCCCAUCGAGUCAGAAGAGUCCUGAAGCCUUUUUGCAAACACUUUGACCUCUCUACACCUUUCUUUUUCUAAAAGAAAGAAACCUGUUUUUGUCCUCAUCAAAGUGAAUCAGCAGUUCAGCUACAGCACAAAACCAGAUCCACAAAAACAGAAUCAUAAACCUCAUGGGUCUCUUGCAUGUUUGCCUGUUAAGAUGCAGUUAAGCUGUACAGGAGUUGCGUUGGGCAGUAUGAUGAUAUGAUUGAGAAUAACCCAGAAGGAGAAGGGAUGUUCUGCGGGGUUUGGAAGUGAGUGUAAGACUACUGUUUGUGUCUGGUAAAAGCACCACAUAUUGGUGUUUAUUGACGUUUUUACUGCUAUACUUUGGAUAGACACUGAGACACAGAAUUCAUUCAUUUAUAAUUUAAUCCUUCAACUUUGGAGGUAUAAUAUUUCGGGUUUUUUAUCAAUCAAAUCCAGAAAAUAAGUGGUACAAGGAAAUAAAUUUAUGCUUAAAUAUGUGUUCAAGUAAGUCUUGCAUAUGUAAAUAUUUGCAUAUCCCAUGGUCCAAAUGGAAAGCCAGACAUAAUAACUGGAUUCAGAAGUUUUUGUUAUUUACUUGUUACAUGUCAAAAGAGCAGCCAAACGUGUUGACUGGGAAGGGAAGAUAAUCCGAACUACCCUUUAAUGCACUAUAGCCAAGGUAUGCACAGCCCACUCAAAUGAAAGGGAGAUUUACCCCAGUGGUGGAGAAACGCUGUGGUGCAUUUGGGUUGUCAGUACUGGUAUACAGUGUCUUUCAAUUGGCCUGAUAUAUAUAGGUUUCCUUCUGCUUUAAAAUAAAAUUGCAUUCAUUUUAUUAGCAUGGGUGGUGAAUCACUGUAGACCUAUAGCUUGCUGUUUGUUUGCAAUACAAUCCCAGUUCCAAAAAAUGUUGGGAUGCUGGGUAAAAUGCAAAUAUAAACAGGUUGUGAUCUGUUAAAAUCUGCUAAAGUCUGCUAAAGCCUACCUUACACUGGCAAGAUUUGGGAAAGAUUCUUGAAAGAUUGUAGUCUUUUGAGUAAAGCUUGAAUGAGGGCCAUUUGUUAAAAGACUACAGUCUUUCAAGAAUGUUUCCCAAAUCUUGUCAGUGUACUGUAAGGUAGGCUUUAGAUGCAAAAAAUGACAGGGAUUACAUCAAAUGUUGAAAAGAACAAAUUUGACUAUUUCAGGGAAAAUAUAAGCACAUUUUGAAUUUGAUGCCAAAUUUAACAGCAUGAAUAGAGUCUGGGACCUCUCGAUUAGGAAACGUUUGCAACACUUGCUUCGCGACGGGCACUAACUUUGAAAUCAUUGGUCCAGCCUUACCAAUCACAUUGAUCAGAGAUUCCUAAUGUUACUUCCUACUUCAACUGAACUUUACAAACUGACAAUAAACAGCUUAAACAGUCAGGAAACAAUGUAUGUGGGCCUACCUUUGCUGUAAAUAAAUUUCUGCAUUUUUCCAACUGCA